AUGAGUUCAAUGCAGACUGCUCCCGCCACCUCUGCCAACCUCGGCGCUGACCUCAAGUCCACCGGCACUUCCGCCGCCGCCGCAAAGCCAAAGCCCUGUUGCGUCUGCAAGGAUGAAAAGGCCGCCCGUGACGAGUGCAUGCUCUUCUCGACCAGCGACAAUGCCCAGGACGCGUGCAAGGACCUGGUUUCCAAAUACAAGGCCUGCAUGGCGGGAUACGGUUUCAACAUCUAG